AUGGUGGCUCACAUAAGCCGCAACCGACUCAAGGCCGAAGGCUUGGGCCAACACCACAACGCCCAGAACUACAGGAACCAGAGCUUUGAGGAGCUGCGAAUGCUCUGUCUGAGGAAGAGGGAACUCUUCGAGGACCCUGUAUUUCCUGCCGAACCCGCUUCAUUGGGCUUCAAGGAUCUGGGCCCCAAAUCCAAACAUGUGCAGAACAUCGGCUGGCAACGACCCAGUGAAAUCACAAGCAAUCCUCACUUCAUCGCCAAUGGGGUCAGCCCCACGGACAUCUGCCAGGGGGUGCUCGGGGACUGCUGGCUGCUGGCUGCCAUCGGCUCCCUGACCACGUGCCCCAGACUGCUGUACCGCGUGGUACCCAGGGGGCAGAGCUUCAAAAAGCAAUAUGCUGGCAUCUUCCAUUUUCAGAUUUGGCAAUUUGGACAGUGGAUGAAUGUGGUGGUGGAUGACCGGCUACCCACAAAGAAUGGCAAGCUGUUGUUCGUGCACUCAGGUGAGGGCACUGAGUUCUGGAGUGCCCUGCUGGAGAAGGCGUAUGCCAAGCUGAAUGGGUCCUAUGAAGCACUAUCAGGGGGCAACACGGUGGAGGGCUUUGAGGACUUCACAGGGGGCGUGACCCAUAGCUUCCAACUCCAGAGGCCCCCUAAGAACCUGCUGAGACUGCUUAGGAAGGCCCUAGCCCGAUCCUCUCUCAUGGGCUGCUCCAUCGAAGUCACCAGCGAGAGUGAGUUGGAGACCAUGACACAGAGCAUGCUGGUGAGAGGACACGCCUACUCGGUGACCGGCCUGCAGGACAUCUUGUUCCAAGGCAAGAAAGAAGCCCUGAUUCGCGUUCGGAAUCCCUGGGGCCGAGUGGAGUGGAAUGGAGCCUGGAGUGACAAUGCCAAGGAGUGGGAAGAGGUGUCCCCAGACACCCAGAAGACCCUGCUGCACAGGAUGGAGGAUGGGGAGUUCUGGAUGUCCUACGAAGAUUUCCUGAAUAAUUUCACAUCCUUGGAGAUCUGCAGCCUGAUGCCCGACGCCCUCCUGGGGGACUACAGGACCUAUUGGCACACUACCUUCUACGAGGGCAGCUGGCGGAGGGGCAGCACGGCAGGGGGCUGCAGGACCCACCUUGACACAUUCUGGACCAACCCCCAGUUCAAAAUCUGUCUGCCCGAGGAGGACGAUGACCUGGAGGAGGACGAAGAGGUCAUCUGCACGUGCAUGAUAGCCCUGAUGCAGAAGAACUGGCGGCAGGCGCGGCCCCAGGGAGCCCAGCUGCACACCAUCGGCUUUGUCAUGUACACGGUUCCGAAGGAGUUGCAGAACCUCCAGGACACCCACCUGCGGAAGGAGUUCUUCAUGAAGUACCAAGACCACGGGUUCUCGGAAAUCUUCACCAACUCGCGGGAGGUGAGCAGCCACCUCCAGCUGCCUCCUGGGGAAUAUAUCAUCGUCCCCUCCACCUUUGAGCCACACAGGGAUGCCGACUUCCUGCUUCGGGUCUUCACAGAGAAGCACAGCGAAACCUGGGAACUGGAUGAAACCAUCUGUAAGGAGCUACUCCAGGAGGAGAACGUCUCUGAGGAUGACAUGGACCCAGACUUCAAACGUCUGUUUGAGAUUGUGGCAGGAGGAGGGGGCAAGGAGAUCGGCAUGUUCGAGCUACAGAGGCUGCUCAACAAGGUGGUCUGCAGACUCAAGAACUUCAGGACCAAGGGCUUCGGCCUGGACGUGUGCCGCUGCAUGAUCAACAUCAUGGAUAAAGAUGGCUCUGGCAAGCUGGGGCUGGGGGAGUUCCAGAUCCUGUGGAAAAAAAUCAAGAAAUGGACGGAUAUCUUCUGGGAAUGCGACCAGGACAACUCAGGCACCUUGAACUCCUAUGAGAUGCGCUUGGCAAUUGAGAAAGCAGGCAUCAAGGUGAAUAACAAGGUGACGCAGGUGUUGGUGGCCAGGUAUGCAAAUGACGACAUGAUCAUAGAUUUCGACGGCUUCAUCUGUUGUUUCCUGAGGCUGAAGGCCAUGAUCACGUACUUUCUAACUAUGGACCCCGAGAAUACUGGCCAUAUUUGCUUGAACCUGAACCAGUGGCUGCAGAUGACCAUGUGGGGAUAGAGCGGCUGCAGGCACCUGCCUUCCACCACCAACCCGCCGGGGUUCUGGCCCAGGGGGCGGGUGCUCUUUGCAGCGCUCCGCUCUGCAGUCUGUGUUGAUGAAUGGGCUCCAGAUAGCAGCACUUGGGUCCCGGAUGCCAUGCUGACUCCAUCGGCGGACCUCCAUGCCCAGCCUCCCAGCUCGGUGUUUCUGUUUUUCCCCAGCCAGACUUCUGGUGGCUGGAUUCACCCCACAGCCUCUCUCCCUCUCAGUAUGUUUUGUUGAAGACUAAGCGAUACUUCCCCAGUGUCCCCUGGCUGAGGGGGUUCUCCACACUCUCUGUCCUGCCUACACCUGCUGCUGACCACGCCGCCUGGCACGGCCUCUCCCUUCUCUCUCUCUCACUCAGGGGCAUUAAUAUAAAAAGCAACG